AUGAGGGCCUGCGUCUUUCUUGCCUUCCUGGGAGCAGCUGUCGCUUUCCCCCCUGAUGGUGACGAUGACAAGAUCGUUGGAGGCUAUGAAUGUAAGAAGAACUCCCUCCCCUACCAGGUGUCCCUGAACGAUGGCUUGCACUUCUGUGGCGGCUCCCUCAUCACUGAGCAGUGGGUGCUGUCCGCAGCUCACUGCUCUGAGCCGCGAAUCCAAGUUCGUCUGGGAGAACACAACAUCCAUGUCAUUGAGGGUGGUGAGCAAUUCAUUGAUGCAGCCAAGAUUAUCCCUCAUCCUGAUUAUGAUAAAAACAACUUUGAUAAUGACAUCAUGCUGAUUAAACUGAAGACACCAGCCACCAUCAAUGCACGAGUGGGCAUCAUCACUCUGCCGAGAGCCUGCCCUUCAGCUGGUGCUCAAUGCCUCGUGUCUGGCUGGGGCAACACUCUGAGCAUUGGUGUCAAGUACCCUUCCCUCCUGCAGUGUCUGGAUGUCCCUGUCCUCUCUGACACCGUUUGCCACAAAGCAUACCCGGGUCAGAUCACUAGCAACAUGUUCUGCGCGGGCUUUGUGGAAGGUGGAAAAGACUCUUGCCAGUGUGAUUCUGGUGGCCCUGUGGUUUGCAAUGGGCAGCUCCAAGGAAUCGUCUCUUGGGGUUCUGGCUGUGCUCUCAAAGGCAAGCCUGGGGUCUACGCCAAGGUGUGCAACUACCUGGACUGGAUUCAUGAGACCAUCACAGCCAACUGA